UGGGAGUAGUAAACACACAACGUGUAGCAAUGUUGAAGAUGAAGAUGUACCUGUUGGUUUCCAAUUUUCGACUACAUUUGAAAUUCAUUCAAAUUUGACAGUUUUCUUGUGUGACGAAAGAUGCUUAGAAGAGAAAAGAUUACCGUACGAUAUUACAGAUGCUUUAUUACUGUAUGGUGGUCUCUCUAAGAUCAAUAUGAAAACCACUUACAACCAGAUGUACCCAUCAAAAGCAUCAUACCAGUCCAAAAAAACCUUUGAUUUGGCAGUAAAUACAAGAGAGUGUAGUGCACAACCAUUCCUGAAUGUACUGAACUGUAUUACUGGAAAACCAAGUGAAACCGUCGUUGAUAGUUCGUGUAGAUGCGCUGAUGGCUCCUAUGACAAAAUCGCAGUCGAUGGUAGCUGUCCGUGUGAAUGCAAAUGUCUUGAUUGCAUGACAUCUACUCUUGGUCCUGAUGGAUGUGAAUGUCCAGUGAUAUAUGACAUAUGUCCGCCUUGUUUAGUAGGUGAAAUUCAGGUUUUUGAUAAGUGCAUUUGUCAGUGCGUACCUGACGAUCAAUGCGGAAUUUUACCUACGUGUGUUGUUGGACGUCGAGGGAAUUAUUGUGAUCGACUGGAUUGCCGUCCAUGCCAAGGUUGUUCUGGAAAUGGAAUCUGUAUCUCAGUUCCUGGUACCUGUAGAUCUAGAUGUCUAUGUAAUAGAAGUUGGGGAGGCACAUGUUGUGAGUUAAGGCAACCAGCUAGAGCCUCUGGUGACCCACAUCUUCUUACCUUAGACGGUGUUCACUACGACUACUAUGGGAACGGUGAGUUUUGGAGCUGUCGCAGCAUCGAGAACGAUUUUGGGUUACAAGCAAGAUUCUAUGAGAGUCAUAAAUCAUCUUUAACUGGUGGCAUUGCAAUGAAACUUGGGAAACAUGUCAUAACGGUUACUACACCAAAGGAGGCAGACUAUGAAACAUUGCCAAUACUGCGGCUGGAUGGAGAAAUACUAGAUAUAACUAGCGAGAUGAAAUUUCAAUUGGCAAAUUCUUCAGUACUCCUGGAUGUCCAAAUACCACUGAGAAAUGGAAGUUCUUCAACUAAUCCGACUAUGAUGCUGGCAUUUGAGUACAAAUCAGGCGUGUCUGUUGGAAUCGAAGUGCAAUUUAGCGAGAAGAUAGGAAGACUGUACCUUAACACAUUACUCGCACCGACUAUCAGCUUUGUCGAUAAAACGGAGGGUCUAUGUGGCUUUAUGGAUGAUGAUCCGGACAAUGAUUUUGUGGGAUUAGAUGGCACCCUCUAUCAUCAUGAUAAUGUAACGGAUUUCGUUCAAACAUGGAAAAUUGAGAGUUCAAAUGCCAAUGGUGGUUUAUAUGAUUCAUGGUCAUGGAAUUCUUCCAAUUUUCAUGUGGAUGAUGAGCUGGAUGAUUCAUAUACAAAGGAAUACAAACCUAUCUACAGUACAGAUGAGGUUCAACAAGACAUUGUGAAGAUAGCAAAAGAUGUUUGUCUGAAAGCAAUACCAGAUACAAAGGAAAACAAACUAUUGAUUGCCUCCUGUGUUUAUGAUAUUGCAGUAACGAAUGACACGUCAUUUGCCUCUCAGCAAACGCUGCAAACUGGCUGUCCUUACCAGUGUUCUGGCCGAGGAAUUUGUGUCAACAACACGUGCGAAUGUUUGCCUGGGUGGUCUGGUGAAAACUGUAGAAAUGGUUCGUGUAUUUCAGAUUGCAUAAAUGGCGAGUGUGUGUCCGGUUUUUGUCGAUGUAAUGUAGGUUGGGAAGGAGAUACAUGUGAAGAAUUUGCCACUUGUUUUGGCGUUAAUAAUUGUACCGAUGAAGAGCAUGGCGUGUGUCUUCAAACAGAUGUCUGUUUAUGCAACAAUGGAUUUACAGGCGAAGAUUGCAGCGUCAUUCCAACUUGUCAUGGAGUCGCCAAUUGCUCUGGUAACGGUGUCUGUGUUGACGUAGAUUUUUGUGACUGCUAUGACCAAUGGAAGUCUGCCACAUGUGACACAUUGUCCUGCCACAACGUUGAUGGUUGUUCUGGACAUGGCACUUGUAUAAGUUUUGACAUUUGUAUGUGUGACGUCGGCUGGACUGGUGAAUCUUGUGCGUUGCCUGACUGUUCUGAAAGGAACCGAUGUAACGACCAGGGUGAAUGUACAGGGCCAAACGAAUGUAGUUGUUACGUCGGGUAUCAAGGAGCUAACUGCAGUGAAUCCGUUGAAUGCAUUAUGCUGGACAACUGCAAUGGUAACGGUGUUUGUGUUGAAGACACAGCUAUAAAUAAUGGAACAUUUUCUUGCGAGUGUUUUACCGGUUAUUCAGGAGAAAAUUGUACAGAUUUCUCUUGUGAAUCUGUCAAUCAUUGUUCAGGACAUGGAAAUUGCAUUGAACCUGACCUCUGUGUGUGUAAUGUUGGCUAUACUGGCAUUAAUUGUUCAUCUCCCUCAUGUGAAAAUCUCGGAUUUUGUUCCGGUAAUGGACGAUGUACUUCAUUUGACGUGUGCGAAUGCUAUUCUUACUGGUCUGGUGAAACAUGUGACCGUGCCUUUUGUACUGGUAACUGCAAUGGACGUGGAGAUUGUGUUGCUCCAGAAACAUGCGAAUGUUACGUAGGUUUUGAAGGAGAGACCUGCCAGAAUAUCACACAAGAGAACCGAAAUCAACCGACGUUUGAUUAUGAAGAGUUGAAUAUCACUUUACUUGAAAAUAUCACUGUUGGAACAUACCUUUUAACGGUGCAUGCAAGUGACAAUGACACAGGAAAAAAUGGUGAAGUAUGGUACCGUAUUCUUCCUUCUGAAGGAUCUAUCUUUUUCGCCAUAGAUCAGGAAAAUGGAGAUUUAUUUACUGCUGCAGAAUUUGAUUAUGAAAGUCAAAAUCCUGAUAUCACUCUGUCAGUAGUUGUUGAGGACAAUGGAUUUCCACCUAUGAAUGAUUAUGCUACUAUUAAUAUCACAUUGCUUAAUAUUAAUGACAACUGCCCCGAAUUCGUAGGAGAAUAUCCAGACAUAACUAUUCCGCUAAACACCACUAAUGGGACAGUUAUUACUAAUAUUUCAGCAACAGAUUUAGACGCUGGUGAAAACGGAUAUAUUACGUUAUCAAUCAAGGUUGAGGGCGACAAGUCAAAAUCAAUGUUUGAAUUAGAUCCCAACAGUGGAGAACUAACUGUCUCCGGUUAUCUUCAGUCAGGAGAGUAUGCAAUCAAGGCCAUCGCUUCUGAUAACGCAGCACAGCCAUGCAGUACCGAGAAAGCAUUUUCAGUAUACAUACCUUAUGACCAAAACUUUGUAGCUACCACACAAUGUAUUCAUACAACUGAAGACCAUGAACAACCAACAACGACAGUUUCAACGACAAUCCUUGAGGAUAUUACAACAUCAGUCCCAACAACUACGAACAUUGAGGAUGUUACAGCAUCAGUCCACACAACCACGAGUCUUGAGGAUUUUACAACAUCAACCCCAACAACGACGAAAAUUGAGGACGUUACAACAACCACCUCAACAACGACGAGCUCUAAGUACCUUGGAUGGUCACUCCCAACAACGACGAACCUCGAGGACGUUACAACAUUAUUGCCAACAGCAACGAGCCUUAAAGAUGUUGCAACAUCAGCCCCAACAACGACGAGAAUUGAUGACGUUACAACAGCCUCAUCAACGACGAGCUCUAUGGACCUUACAGAGAAACUGCCAACAACAAAAAGCCGCGAGGACUUUACAACAUCAGUGCCAACAACAACGAGCCUUGAAGAUAUUACAACAUCGGCCCCAACAACGACGAGAAUUGAGGACGUUACAACAACAACCACCUCAACAACGACGAGCUUGAAGGACCUUAGAACGUCACUCCCAACAACUACGAGCCUUAAGUACGUUACGGCAUCAGUGCCAACAGCAACGAAUCUUGAAUAUGAUACAUCAGCUCAAACAACGAAGAGAAUUGAGGACGUUACAACAACAGCCUCAACAACGACGAGCUCUAAGGACCUUACAACAUCACUCCCAACAACGACGAGCCGCGAGGUCGUUACAACAUUAGUGCCAAAAGCAACGAGUCUUGAAAAUGAUAGAAAAUCAGCUCCAACAAUGACGAGAAUUGAGGACAUUACAACAGCAGCCUCAACAACGACGAGCUCUAAGGACCUUACAGCGUCACUGCCAGCAACAAAAAGCCUUGGGGACUUUACAACAUCGGUGCCAACAACAACGAGCCGUGACGAUAUUACAACAUCGGCCCCAACAACGACGAGAAUUGAGGACGUUACAACAACAACCCCAACACUGACGCGCUCCAAGGACCUUAGAACGUCACUCCCAACAACGACAAGCCCCGAGGACGUUACAGCAUCAGUGCCAACAGCAACGAGCCUUGAAUAUGAUACAUCAGCCCAAACAAUGAAGAGAAUUGAAGACGUUAGAACAACAGCCUCAACAACGACGAGCUCUAAGGACCUUACAACGUCACUCCCAACAACGACAAACCGCGAGGACGUUAACACUGCAGUGCCAACAGCAAAUAGCCUUGACGAUGUUACAACAUCAGCCCCAACAACGACUAGAAUUGAGGACGUUGCAACGACAGCAACCUCAAUAACGACGAACUCCAAUGAUCUUACAGCAUCAAUGUCAACGACUAGCCUUAAAGGUGCUACUACAUUUGUCACAACAACGACAGAACCUGAUGGUAAGAUGUCAACUCAGCAGAAACCUGUUACUGAUAAUCUUACGACAACACCACCUUCCUCAGCAAAAACUCUUAAAGAAACAUCUACAUCAAACGAAAUUACCAAUAUUCCAGACCCGGUUUUAACGUCAGAAUUCGAUGGCGAAAUGUCAACUCCAAAGAUAUCUAUUAGCAGGGCUGUUACAAGUGUCCCUAAACAUGAGUCCACGGCGAAUAUGGUACAACCGACCAAAGAUGAUUGCAUAAUGAAUGCUGAUUGCAGUAAUGGAGCAAAAUGUUACUUCGGGGUUUGUGCGUGUGUCUGCCCUUACGGUGGCCCUACCUGUGAUCAAGUGGGACAAUGUUUCGAAACAUCCAUCCGACUCACUAAGCUACGUCCUCUAUUUGGUGAUGGUGAAGCUCAGUUCUUAGGAUCGUUACGAGAUCCAACAUCGCAGGAAUUCAAAAAUGCAUAUACAUCUGUUCAGAAUCUGAUGAAUGUAGUUGCCGACGCCUCUAACAUACUGCAGGACAUCAAGAUCACUGCAUUUCGAUCAGGAAGUAUCUUUGUGGACAUGAGCUGGGUUGUCACUGACGAAUCCGCUGGAGAACAACAAGUAAAGGAAGCAUUUAGACAAGCACUCGAGUCAACAAAUGAUACCGACAUCAUAUUUGAUUUAUUCAGCCUUCAUGUAGAGCUAACAGAAGUAAAUGAAGUAGACGACAAAAGCAGCCCGGUACUGGUGUACAUUGUUGCAGUUGCAUGCUUUGCGGCUCUUUUUGUAAUUGUGUUUUUUCUUGCUGUCAAAGUAUUCCUUUUAGCCAGGAGUGGCGUCAAGACUGGCCCAAGUCCGAUGCCUCCAGUGGAUGGGCCGGUUCCCCCGGCGAGACCAACCCGUGCGUGGUAGGGCGUCACCCAAAAUCAUUCGAAAGUAGUCCUUAAUCUACUAAUAUGUAGUAAAUACAUAUAUUUUUUUUUCUCUCCGACGAAUUGCGGUUUUCUCCCCCUAUGGCGCCACCUCUGGUUUUUACCGAGGUGAAGGCUAAGUAGGUUUAUUCAUUUUUCGUUUAUGUCCGCGUGCAAGACGCUAUUUUACAAUUCGAAAUCUGGUGUCUUUCUGUGUAUACCUAAUGUUGUAGUUCAUAUAAUAAUAUAUAUAUUUUCACCAUAGUUUGUAUUUGUAUGGUUCUCUUUCUUGAUAUUUAUAUGUAAAUCGGAUUUUCAAAUUGUU